AUGGCUGGCAUUAAAUCCGGUCUGACGGCCGAGCAGGUCGCCUCGUUCAACGAUAAUGGCUUCCUAGUGAUUCCUGAUUUUCUCUCCAAGGAGCAAGUCAAUACCCUUCUCACCACUACAAACCACCUCCUCGACACCUUCGACGUCAGCACCCAUCCUCUCACACGCUUCACCACCGGAGAUGAUCCCUCGUCCAAAUCACAGCAUGUCGGAGACGACUACUUCCUUACCUCCAAUGACAAGAUCCGUUUCUUCUUUGAGCCAGGCGCAUUCUCGCCCUCCGACCCCUCCAAGCUCCUACUCCCCAAGAACCGCUCUAUAAAUAAAAUCGGCCACUCAAUACAUUCUCUCUCUCAGCCUUUCUCGGAUGUAACACAUACCGGAGCUGUCGGAGCGCAGAACGCAGCCAUCGCUAGAGCACUGGGUUUCCGUGACCCCCGCGUCCUGCAAAGUAUGGUCAUCUGCAAACAACCUGGCAUCGGAGCACCAGUUCCCAUGCAUAAGGAUUCUGAGUUUUUAUACACUGAUCCACCAUCUGCAGUUGGAUGGUGGAUUGCCUUGCAAGACGCGGGGGUGGAGAAUGGAACACUUGGUUUUUGGAAAGGUAGCCAUAAGACCGGUAGGGUUAGGAGGAGGUUUGUCAGGACGAAGUCUGAUGCGGACUCGGGCGUUGCAGGAGGCACGGAGUUUGUGGAGUGGGAUGGGCCAAAUUUACCUACGGCCUUAGAUGAGGAAAGCAGAGGAAAGGAAGAUUAUGUCCCCGAGGAGAAGGACUAUGAGCUUGUGGAGAUCAAGACGGGUUCGCUGGUGUUGAUCCAUGGGAAUGUGCUACAUAAGAGCGAGAAUAACCCUAGUGACAAGUCAAGGUUUGCAUAUGCGUUCCAUGUUAUUGAAGGGGCAGAAGGGUGGAAGUAUGAUGAGAGGAAUUGGUUACAGCCUCCUGCGAACGGGUUUACAAGGUUGUUUGAUCAGAAAUGA